GCCGCGAGCGCCAGGAAAAGGCACCGGCUGCCGGCCGACGGGUGGUCGCGGCUGCACCACCACAGGCAGCAGAAGCUGCGGGAGGAGGAAGAGAAGAAGAAGAAGAAGAAAGAAACUAUUUCGCCCACCCGAAUCCCGUUCUGCGGGUGCUCUGCCGCUGCUGCUGCCGCUUCUACUGCCGCCGAUCCGCGUCCGCGGGUUCGAGCACCGCGCCGGCGGGGACGCGUGUAGGUCCGGCGGGAGCGCCGGGGACGAGCCCAGAGGAGCCUUGCACUUGGGUGCCCUGCUCAACAGCACCUCCUUGACCCCCCUCGUUCCUUCCCCAGACCCGGUAGAGAAGGGACCAUGAUUUGGAAACGCAGCGCCGUUCUUCGCUUCUACAGCGUCUGCGGGCUCCUGUUACAAGCGGCUGCUUCAAAGAAUAAAGUUAAAGGCAGCCAAGGGCAGUUUCCACUAACACAGAAUGUAACAGUUGUUGAAGGUGGAACUGCAAUUUUGACCUGCAGGGUUGAUCAAAAUGAUAACACCUCCCUCCAGUGGUCAAAUCCAGCUCAACAGACUCUGUACUUCGAUGACAAGAAAGCUUUAAGGGACAAUCGGAUCGAGCUGGUUCGCGCUUCUUGGCAUGAAUUGAGUAUCAGUGUCAGCGAUGUAUCUCUCUCUGAUGAAGGACAGUACACCUGCUCCUUAUUUACAAUGCCUGUCAAAACUUCCAAGGCCUAUCUCACUGUUCUGGGUGUUCCUGAAAAGCCUCAGAUCAGUGGUUUUUCAUCACCAGUUAUGGAGGGAGACUUAAUGCAGCUGACGUGCAAAACAUCUGGCAGUAAACCUGCAGCUGAUAUAAGAUGGUUCAAAAACGACAAAGAAAUUAAAGAUGUAAAGUAUUUGAAAGAGGAGGACGCAAACCGCAAGACAUUCACGGUCAGCAGCACGUUGGAUUUCCGAGUGGACCGGAGCGACGAUGGCGUGGCGGUCAUCUGUAGAGUAGACCACGAGUCCCUCAACGCUACCCCCCAGGUAGCCAUGCAGGUGCUAGAAAUACACUAUACACCAUCAGUAAAAAUUAUACCAUCCACUCCUUUUCCACAAGAAGGACAGUCUUUAACUUUGACUUGUGAAUCCAAAGGGAAGCCACUGCCAGAACCUGUUUUGUGGACAAAGGAUGGUGCAGAGUUACCUGAUCCUGAUCGAAUGGUUGUGAGUGGAAGGGAACUCAACAUUCUGUUUCUGAACAAGACAGAUAAUGGUACAUAUCGAUGUGAAGCCACAAACACCAUCGGCCAAAGCAGCGCAGAGUAUGUUCUCAUUGUACAUGAUGUUCCCAACACUUUGCUUCCCACUACUAUCAUCCCCUCCCUUACCACUGCACCAGUAACAACCACUGUAGCCAUAACCACCCGCCCAACCACAUCCGCAUCAACCAGCCCUGGAAGAGAUCCCAACUCUCUGGCUGGCCAGAAUGGCCCUGACCACGCCCUUAUCGGAGGAAUAGUGGCUGUUGUUGUGUUUGUCACCCUGUGUUCCAUAUUUCUGCUGGGUCGAUAUCUUGCAAGACAUAAAGGAACAUACUUAACAAAUGAAGCUAAAGGAGCCGAGGAUGCACCAGAUGCUGACACAGCCAUUAUCAACGCUGAAGGCAGCCAAGUCAAUGCAGAAGAGAAAAAAGAGUAUUUCAUUUAAAAUUCAGGCCACGGUUCUGGGUUUUAUUUACCAGGCUGACUGCUGGAGAAAACUGGCAAUCAUCUUUCAGAAAUCAUUCCUACCAUCUUCUCCUACUUUUAUUAACAUCCAUACCGUACUGCUACCAGUAGCCAGUGCACACCAACAAUCAGCUGUUGAAAGCAUCAUUCUUUAAUUACUGUACCACCCAUAAUGCAAGACAUUUUCUUGCCUAAAUUUUGCACCAUUGCUCUUUUAACAUACAGUGCUUGAAUAUACAGCCUUAACAAUGUUAAUCAUCUCACUGGAUCAUGAUAUUGAGUUGUUUUUGUACAUUGAAAAGAAUACGUAUGCACAGCGCCUCCCCACAUCUCUCUUCCUUUAAGUCACAUAUUUUACCAGUUUGCCAUUGGACAGCUUUCACAAGUAGCAUGAUUAGGUAACAGCCUAAUAUGCUCAAGUUUAAAUGAAGAUUAGAGGUUUACAAACAAUGUUUUCUACCUGUCUAUCUUCAAAGACAACAUGUUUUAGAAAACAUAUGCCCUAAAAAAAAACACAAACUGAAAACACUGUAGUGUAGUUUCUGGAAUGUUUGAAAAUAGAAUGGUAAUACUGUAUCAAUUUGCUAUUUAAAAAAUUAGUGUUUGAUACAGAAGCCAUGUGUAUGGAUUCUAAUCAUUACAAGACAUCUCAUAUUCUUAUAAAGUUCCUUCCAUUAGGCUAUUAGCUUCAUUUACCAAUAAAUUAUUACAAACAUUUAACCAAUUUUGGAAUCAUAAAGAUUUCAUUCAUUCUUCUAUUUGAUUCUAUAAUUUAUUUGUUACAUAAGGAUUCACUUGCUUAAACAAAAUUGAAGUAGGGCACAAUUUUGAGACAUUUUAGUAUCUGUAUAUAGUGCAUAUAAUAAAUCCAAUUAAACAUUAUUUGAUACAUAUUUAACUUUUUUGGCUGUAGGUUAUUCAGUCAUAAGUACACAUUUUCUAACGUCCAUUAUAUCCCUUUAGGUAUUACUUAAACCAAUAUUAUAAGUAGAUAACACGUAUUAGUAUUUUUGUCUGUAUGUCCUAGCACUGUUCAACAACAAAUUUUUCUAGUUCUUGUUAAUUUUUAUUUGUGAUACAAUGGAAGCACAAUGUUAUAAGGAAAGGUAAUUUUAAGCUAACAACCAGUGCACAGCCUCAGGUUUUAAAUCACAACCACAGUUAAAUAAUAACCUAAAUUAAAAAAAAAAACUCUUAGUUACAAAAUUUAAUUUGGCAGUUCCAAAGCUGCUUACCUAUGUUGAUUUGCCAAAAAGAAGUGUUCAAGGUAUGUUUUCUGUAUAAAUGAACUAAUUCUUUAUAUUAAAUUCCUGUCUAUGCAUUUUGUGAGGUACAAACUUCUGAAACAGUGAGUGAUAGAAAAUUUCUGCCAUGCUUUUAACUCCAAGGUGAAAGUCUCUUUCUCUGGAUUAUUUUGAAAUUUUGGUGUAUUUAACUAUUAUGAAAUUCUGUAUUCUUAAAUAUGACACAGAGUCAAUCUAAAGGCUUAUUUCUUCUAGUAAAAAAAUUACAAUACUGCUAGAUUAGAUUUCAUUAAAUUUAUUAUAAGCUAAAGUAUAAAAAUCCAGUUAGAUUAAAAAUUAUUUUCCCAUUUGCAAGCAAUGCACCUUUAAGAAGAAAAUGAAUAUGUCAGUAUGGUAGUUAAACUUGUGAUGUUUGAUAGCAUGAUGGCCUAGGGUUUUAAAAAUAUCUUGGAAUUUAUUUUUUGGGGAUUGAGAAUGGUUGAGUACAACAUCAUGUAUUAAUAUCAAAUGAAAGGUAAGGGUGCUGUAUCUUAGAUUAUUUAUCAGAAAAGUAUAAAUCUUUUAAGGACAAUGUUAGAAUUUUUUAACUUUUUUUUAUUGUUGAAGCAUUUAUCUUGUUGAUUUCUUACAAACGAAAAGGACGAUGUCAGUCAAGCAGCACUUUUUCAAAAUAUACAGAACAUAAAUAAUAUGAUGUGGUUGAGUGUUAACAUAAUAAAUCAUAUACAGUAUGACAUUUUAAGGAAAUAAGUCUGCAUUGAUGUGAUUGCAUGCUUGUUUUUACAGUUCACUCCAUACCAUCUGUGGAAAAAUGCAAUAAUAUGUUAAUAUAGUAUGGUAGUUUGAGAGAAUCAGGUAGGUGCCUCUAGACACAUUGAAACUAGACUAGGUUUAUAAACUGUUCAUAUCUUUCAAUGCAUAAUCUUUAGAAAGACUCCACAAAGCAAAAUCCAUCCUGUUAGUUCUAAAUGGAAAGGUUCUUAUUGCUGAACUAAGUUGUAUGAACGGCAUCAUCAAUUACUAUUUACAGCCUAAUUUCAGGAUGCAUUUACAAAAUUGCCCUCUUCAUCGAUGCUUUAUUUAGGAUCCCUCUCCAUUUCAUCUAUUCUCUACUUGGUUCCAACUGCUAAAUUGUUGCCUAAAUAACUCACUCAUUAUUUAUAGCACCAUAAAAUUAGAAAUCUAAAAUCAUUUACUUGUCAAGACUUUUGACUCUUUUCACUCUUCUGAGUAACACAAAAUCUUAUUAGAACUCAUAAAAAUAACUGAUGGUAGAAAUUUGCAAGUUUUAAUCACAUAUUUUCUAGUUAAACAUAGUUUAAUUUGAAUUAAAUAUAAUUUUCUGUGACAGGAAAAAACAGUUAUAGAGUUAUACUUUCUUAUUUUAAAAAAAUAUUUGAUAAGUUAUAAUAGUUCUGGUCAUUUUUAUUCCAACAUAUCAGAGAGAAAAAUAAGAUCAAAUUCUAAAUGGGACUCAUGUGAACUUAAAAGUCUUGAAAUAUGCAUACUUGUAUGCUCACUGAGACAUACUUUAUCUCCACUAAGUGAGCACUGUCACUAGGGAACUCCUUUGAGGGAGUGCACACCACCAGCCCAAUAUAAUACAAGGCAUUGCUUAUCACCAGAAUAAUAUAUUAUCUAUCAGUGAAAUAUUUACAGUAUACAUUGGUUGCCCUCUACUGAAAAAUCUAAACAUCAUUUCACUUAUCCUCUUUUACAUUUCUAAAUGUCCUAGGAAGAAUGGUGAUCAAAAUUAGGAAGGAAGGUUAAAGUGUGAUUGUAAGAGUAAAGAUAGAAGGUAUGAAAGCACAAGUGAAAUGUGUGUGUGUGUGUGUGUGUGUGUGUGUGUGUGUGUGUGUGUCUGUGUGUGUACGAGAGGAAGACAGAUUUAACAGGACAUAGAUUCCAACUUGCUUUCUUUCACCAGAAAAGUCCAAGAAGCAGUUUAAGGACCUGAAAUUGGAACUUGACCUAGAAACUGGAUGAUCUCAUAUAUACUCAAGAUGUUUAGUCUUUCAUAGAAACUCCACAGUUAAUAUAACAAAUAGAGAAAGAAUACCAACUUUCCUGAUUAUGGCAAAGAAGCAAACACCUCAUUUAGUUAUUUCUUUGUAAAAAUAUAAAUAUUUUAAUGGAAAGAACAGGCUCACUUGUAAUUAUGUACUCAUGACUGUAACAGCGUUGAGAUUCACAUAGGCACGUGUACAGCAGCUGUGUGACAGCGAUGGCUCUUCCAUGUAACAUAGCAGUUCUUGUGUAAUUUAGUGCCACUUAUUGCAAAGUGUUACCAAUGGGGACAUUGAAAAUGCUUUUCUUUUCUUUUUUCUUUGGACAUAAGAAAAAUUUAACAGAUGACAAAUAUGAAAUUCCACGGUGUUUUUGAUUGUGGAGAAAAUAUAAAAGAAAUAGUAUCUUACUGCAACUUUCUCAUGGUAUUUAUAAUUAUGGAACCUUUUUAAAUGCCCAAUAUUAGAUUUCCUUCUGCAAGUAGUAAUCUGUGACAUAUACCCAAAACAAAAUAAAAAUCUAAGCAGUAAUCACAGCUAAAAUAAGUGAAACAACUAAUGAAAAUUACUGAGUAAUGCUUUUUCUUAAGUGGCACAAAGUACACACUAAAAACUAUGCAAAAUAUAGGUAACUACAGUGUACGUACAUGUAAGUAUCUUGUACUAGCUGUGUAUGGAUGUUGGAAACCCAUGUAAUUAUAAUAUGCAUUUUGAAUACUGGGAAAGAGGAAAUCUUAGUGUAGAUAAUAUAAUUUGUUUUGAAAUAUACACUGGCAAUAUUGAAAUAUACUCAGUGCAAUAUCUGCAAUUCUAUUGCUGGAUAGUUAAUGCAAAGGGAUUUUAAGGAAUUCUUAAACAAGUUCCAAGAGUUUUCACAUCUCCACCUCUCACAUACUAAAAUACUUACAUAAUAAGUAAGUUACUUCUUCUUACAUAAAAUUUGACCUAACAUUGUAAAAUUAUUUGGUAUAAUUUUUCAGUAUUACUUCACAGAACAAAUAACCUUUCUGACUUUAAUUCAUGUCUAAUUGAAUUUAACAUUCUUAACCUUCCUUUGAAUUGUGUGUGCUUUAAUAUACUUAAGUACUUUUGUUAUGAGUACAAGUUUAUUCAAAGCACACAGAGUACAUUUGAGAGGUAAAGUCACUUAGGUUUUAAUGGAAAACUUUUCUAUCCCCUAGUUCCUUUCCUCUCCCAUUUGUAAUCCAGACGUGCCCUUUGCACUUAUGCCCUUCCAAAGGCAAUGGAUUGAAAGUAGUAAGACAAUAAAGAGAGUUACAGGGGACAACAUACAAGAAUGGGUUCUAAAAUCAUCAGCAUUUUUAUGUAUUGAGAUUAAUAUUGAAUGCAAUAGUUAUUGGAUAUAGCUGGUAAUUUCUCUGCCAUGCAUACUUAACAAUAAUCCUUCUACCUCUCACUUUUAACAUGGGCUAUGAUACUUCAAUAUACAUAGAGGAAGUAAUUAUUUACAAGAUAUCCCAGGAAGGAUCAUUUUGGGACUUUCAUAACAAUGCACUCCACACUCCCUGGGAAAUCUCAAAAGCCAACUUCUUGUAGUGUAUUCUGUGAUGUAUGGAUAUGCGUUUGUUUCCCUCCUCUCUCAUUAGCUUCCUACAGGUAAAACACGAUAACUUGGUAUAAAUAGUUCUUCUCAUGCCUAUUUAAUAUUUCACUGUAUUAUAAUAGUGGUAUUUUAAAAAACUAAUUUAAAUGGCAACACUUUGCAAUCCAACCUGAUAUAUCACUUCACUUUUACAAUGUGAUUUAUUUUCUGGCAAAUCAGCACUGUGUUUUAAGUACAAAUUCUGUAUAUGAUUUAUUUUCCUGAGAAGUGUUAUUGAUAUAAACUAAAACUAAGUAUUUUAAAUCUGCCUCCUUACUGAAAUCCCCAAAUAAUGCAACAUAUUGCCACAAACGUCCACUCUUUUCUGCACAGGCAUAGUAUGAACUUUUCAAUGGUGUUAUUUAGCUAUCCUAAAAUAAAAUGCCAUUUUAUCAGCAUAUUUUCCUCUAGGAAUGAAAGGUUACAUAAAUUUCUCAAAUUCUGAUGGUGAACCUAUGAAAUAUGUUUAAAGUUAAAAUAAGAUGUUUCUGUGUUAUGUGGGUAUGUUACAAAUAAUAUUUGAUCUAAUAUCUACCAUAUUUUCCAUAUAUAUGUAUAUAUGUAUAUAUACAUAUAUAUUUAGCCAAGAAAUGUAUAAUUAUUUUGGAGAAAAUGGGCCCAAAUGUGAAAAAGAUGUAAAGAAAAGAAAACCUAUUUUCCCCUUCGGAAUAUGCUGUAUAUUUCAAAAGAAGUUAAAAGACACGUGAUUAUCGCAGGGGCAAAGGACAGCUUCCCAGGGCUCAGCACUUAAGCACUUUUCCCGCAUCCAGGGUCGAAGCCGCAGCGAAUCCCACAUGGACUUUUGUGUGCAGCAUGAAAUGCACCAUUACACGUACACACAGUACUGCCAAACCUCAGAUGCUUUCUUUCUUUAGAUGCUUUUCCUUGUACAUGAUCCUAGUAGACACGUUUUAUAUUUACAAAUCGUGAAAGUCAUACGCAAUAAAAUAUGGUUGAAAGCAGUGGUGACUAAUUGGUUCAAGAAAACCACAAAAUGUGAACAGAAUUGCUAUCUUUCUCCUUUUCCUUUUUGCUUUCCUCUAUGUUUCUGUGUUGAUUGCAUCUCAUAUAUAGAAAGAAAAAUAAUCUAGUGGUUUUUCAAAGCUAGUAAUAUUGCUCCUUAUAAAUGUGUAAAACUUUAAUCUUUAAAAAAAUUAUUUAACUGUAUUCACUGUAUGUAUUGUAGAUUCAAUGAUGCAGUUAAGUAGUAAUGCAAGGUUUUCUGAGUUUGCAAUUGCUGAUCUACGUUUUCAUAUUUGGUUUGCAUCAAUUUUUGUGAAUUGGUUGUUUAGCUUUUCAUUCAACCAAAAAAUGUUCCCUCAAGAAAGCUCCAUUUUUAUCAUAAAUAUUUCAACAUAACAAAUCUUGCAACAAGUUUGCCAUGGUAAAAAGAAUUUAAAGACUUAUCUCUGAAAAUGAUACCAAGAAAAGCAGGUGUUCCCAGUAAUGUAGCUUCAAAAAUAAAAUGAUCUAUUUAUGUGACAUGAAAUUUACAACUUUUGGAAGGGUAUAUUUAUGACAGUAUUUAAAAAGAUAUUCUGUGCUAUAAAGAAGAUACACCAAAAUUAAGUCUAUGGCAUAGAAUACAAACACAAUUAUUGAAUCUACUCUCGCCGUUAACAUUUUCACAAUAACAAAAUGCAUAUUGUAAUAUUAGGUACAUGACACUUGCAUGUGGAUAUGCCUAUAUACUUUCAAAGUAUUCAAUGUGUACUGAGUGGCACUUAAAUAUGUCAUGUACAACUCUUAUAAACAUUCUUACAGGGUUCCCUUUUGCAUCUCAUCUUUCAGUAAAGUCUUGUCAGAAAAAAAAUGUCUGAUAAAUAUGGAAAAAUAAAAUUGGAAUUUUAGUUUUUUGUUGGA